GGCUACGACGAGCACUUUUCCUUCGCCAAGCUGCGCGAGGCGUGCGCGCACCUGCGCGAUCCCGACUGUCUGCUCGUGGCCACCGAUCGGGACCCGUGGCACCCGCUCAGCGACGGCAGCCGGACUCCUGGUGAGCGCGAGGGUGGGCGGACGACCUGGGCUUUCACCUCCCUGCCUGCAGGCACUGGGAGCCUGGCUGCUGCAGUGGAGACCGCCUCGGGACGCCAGGCCCUGGUGGUGGGCAAGCCCAGCCCUUACAUGUUCGAGUGCAUCACGGAGCACUUCAGCCUGGACCCUGCCCGCAUGCUCAUGGUGGGCGACCGCCUGGAGACCGACAUCCUCUUCGGCCACCGCUGUGGCAUGACCACCGUGCUCACGCUCACGGGCGUCUCUCGCCUGGAGGAGGCCCAGGCCUACCUGGCGGCCAGCCAGCAUGACCUGGUGCCCCAUUACUAUGUGGAGAGCAUCGCAGACUUAAUGGAUGGGCUGGAGGACUGAGCCCACCUGAUCUGUAACCGCAGCCCCACCCCUGCCCUACCCUGACCCCAUAGAUGGAGGUGACGGGCCAGGAGCUGCAUUAAUUGCCACUGGCUCUCCGGCCCCAGUUUCCACACCCUGGUAGGGCUGGGACCCAGGGAAGGUUUUAGGACCCUUGUACCCCCAGGGGUGGCUGAGCUCACUUGGCUGCUGCCCUUGCCGCACUGGUUUGCCCUGGCAUGACCCAGCCAAGGUGGCCUUAUUUCCUGUGACUUCCCCUUGUUGAAAUCUGGGCCCCGAUGGCCACUGAAGAUUUCCCCCAACCCUGAGCUCUUAACCUCCUCACCUCUCCCUGGGGCCUCCAGAGCUCUACCUGCUCCCCAUGUCCUGGCUUUGGGUUCCUGUUGACCAAUCAGAGGUCUAGGUAACCAUAAAUCGUAUUGUCCCGAGCCCUGAAUGGACCAA